AUGGGCAUCUAUCGCUCCGAUAAGCCUCUCGGAGGGCAAUCAGAUGAGCUGUCAGUCCUCGAGGCAGGGACGUUACCCGCAAGCGUACUGGUCGUCAGCCAAGUCGGAGGGCAACAUCGUUUCAAGGCUGAGAGGUCGAUACUGAUAACGGGGGGGUGUGGGUUUAUGGGUAGCCACCUGGUAGACAGGCUGGUCCUCAAGUACCCUCAGUACCUGGUGGUUGUGUUGGAUGUUUUGGAUGAGUGCAGCUCUACACAUCAUCUGAGUAAGGUGAAAGAUCGACCCAACUUCAUCUUCGUCCAUGGAGAUAUCCGGGACUCGGAGCUGGUGUCCGUGUUGAUGAACGACUACAAGGUGGACACUAUUCUGCACCUGGCAGCGCAGACGUCUGUGGAUCAUUCGUUCAAGAGCCCUUCUGUCUUCACCGAUGUCAACGUCGUGGGGACUCAGAGUCUCCUGGAAUGCUCUCGCAGGGCGACGAGGCUCAGGCUGUUCCUCUACUGUUCUACCGAUGAAGUCUACGGAGAAAUCAAGGAAGACGCCGCGACAGAGGACUGUCCUCUCCGACCCACCAAUCCUUAUAGCGCUUCCAAGGCGGCAGCUGAGCUCUUGGUCAUGGGGUAUGCGACGUCGUUCAAACUUCCGUGCAUCGUGACGAGGUGCGUCAACGUCUACGGCUCCCGACAGUUUCCGGAGAAAGUGAUCCCUAAGUUCGCCAUGCGCUCGAAUCCCAGGAUCGGUCAGCCGUGCUGCAUCCAUGGAGACGGCCAGGCCAAGAGAAGUUUCAUCUAUGUUGAAGACGUUGCAGAAGCUUUCGACGUCGUCAUGCACCAGGGGAAGGCGGGGAACGUGUAUAACAUCGGGUCCAAGGAUGUCGUCAGCGUUCGCUACAUAGCAGACAAGAUAUCUGAGGCCAUCACGGGCAGCGCCGGACUUAUCCAAAACGUGCCUGACAGGCUUUACAACGACUGCAGGUAUGCACUCAACUGCUCCAAGCUUGAAGGCCUCGGUUGGAAGCAGCGGACGCCCUUUGAAGACGGGCUGCACAGAACUCUCGAGUGGGGAGACCUUUCAGGAGUCCCUUGGAGCGUCCAGGAGAUGGAAGACGUAGAAGAUGUGCUGAGAUCCGCUGGAGUGUUUUGA